AUGAUGAUAUGCUCUUAUCAUGGAGAUAAAAUACUCUGUGGAGCUGCUUCAGAUCCUGCAAAGGGUUGCAACAAGCAGGUCUUCAGCGGAGACGAAGUCUUCCCGGAGUAUCACCUCGAGGGUGUGUCGUUGGGAACAGACUACGUUCUGCAGGUGCGAUGCCACAACGAGGCUGGCGCUUCGGAGUGGAGUGCACUGUCAGAGCCCUUGCGGACGCCUGAGCCCAGGCCCAAAGACUUGGGUCCGCCGGAAGCUCUGGAAGCCGGUCUCGAAUUUGUCACGUUGCGGUGGACAAGUUCCACCAUCGACGUGGAGUGCUACGAAAUUCUGGUGGAACCGCAGAGCAGCAGCGAGCCCAGCAACCUGGCUGCAUUCAACGUGUUUCAUGUGGUGACGUAA